UCUCUGCUCCUCUUUCCGCUAAACAAAGCUGCACAGAAAGUAAUAAUGGAGCUCAAAACUUCGCCCGGCAAUGGUACCCAACCCCCAAACCCUGAACCGAAACCCGACCCGUCAAACCCUGGUAAUGCCGAAACCCAGCAAACCCAGCUAGAAAACCAGCUCUUCUUUGAAGACUACGACAGCACCUGCUCCACACCUUACGUCAGCGCGCCGUCGAGCCCCGGACGGAGUGGGCCGGUCAGUGGGUUUUUCUACAGUGCUCCGGCGAGCCCAAUGCACUUCGCAUUGACCACAAAGUCGAACUCAUCUUCGUUUGAGAAGAAUGGCGGGAACGGCAGCGACUCUGUUUCUAUGGGUUUUGAGUUCGAGUUCUCUGCGCGGUUCGGGUCGAGCGGGUCCGGCCCGACCGGUCCGAUGAGCUCGGCCGACGAGUUGUUCUUGAACGGCAAGAUCCGACCCAUGAAGCUCUCGACCCACCUGGAAAAGCCCCAGACUUUGGCUCCGUUGCUGGAUCUCGAACCGGAAACUGGGGAAGACGAAGCGGAUCGGGUGGGGUUCGAACCCGUGAGAGGCAGAGAUCUGAGGUUCCGUGACAAGUCCCUGCGGCGGAGGACGAGAUCUUUGUCCCCUUUGAGACAUGAGCCAUUCGAGUGGGGACAGAACGACGAGAUUCUUGAAGCUGAAGAGAAAGACUGCAACUUUGCUGAAGAUCCGAAAGGGGCGGCGAAAAACGGGGAAGAAGACGAAGAGGGAGUGGAGGAGAGCAGCAGCACCACCACUACUCCUUCGGUUUCAGCUUCGUCGUCGCGGUCGUCGUCGGUGGGGCGGAACUCGAAAAGGUGGGUUUUUCUGAAGGAGUUUCUUCACCGGAGUAAGAGUGAAGGGCGGAGCAGCAACCACAAGUUCUGGUCGUCGAUUUCGUUCUCCGCCGCGAAAGAGAAGAAACCCAUGAAACAGGGCGGUCAGAAUGCUCAGGGCUCUGUUUCAAAAGACCCCAAAUGCAGCAACCCUUUGAACUUGGGCUCAGAGGGGCAAAAAUUGAAGGGAAGUGGGAGCGGUGGUUCGGGGAAGAAGACGGGGGCCGGAAAACCCACCAACGGUGUCGGGAAGCGGCGUCAUCCGCCGUCGCUUCACGAGCUGCAUUACACUGCAAACAGGGCUCAGGCUGAGGAAAUGAGGAAAAAGACUUACUUGCCUUACAGGCAAGGGUUGCUCGGAUGCUUAGGGUUUAGCUCAAAGGGUUAUGGAGCUGCCAUGAAUUCUGGGUUUGCUAGGGCUUUGAAUCCAGUUUCUUCAAGGUAAGGUAAAAGAAAUUAAGGUCUCCAAUGGCAAUCUCCAUGAAUCUUUCAUGUGGUGGAUUCAGAAGGAAGUGUAUAGAUGUUUGUUUUUUUUUUUUUCAGAUGAUUUUAUGUGAUCAUCUGUGUAAUCAUUGAAGACUGGCUGGCUAGCCAAUUUAGAUCUCUGUUUUUCUUGUGAAAAAAGAGGAGCUGCAGCAGUCUUUCUGUAUUUUGAUGGGGUUUUAUGAUGAUGAAAAAUGAUGGGGAAAAUCUUUUAUUCCCGCAUCUUCUAUGCCACUGUUAAA